AAGUCACCUUGCGCAUGUAUUGUACAAUUGUACAAUAUGUUAGAUACUUAUGAAUUAUCUUUUAAUUACCUUUAUGGCAGAAUUACUCAGUCACACGGUUUAAACAGCGGGACUUUGUUUGCCGAGGGCUCUCAUUCCUUUGGCUACACUGCCAGAGACAAUCACAGAAAUACUGAUACCUGCACGAAGGAGUUUGCAGUAAGAGUCCGGCGGUGUACCAGUAUGCCCAUCAGACCAGCCAAUGGUGAGAUAUCUUGUGAGCCCCACUGGUACGACCCACUUCUCGGAAGUACCUGUACAUUUACCUGCCAUGAGGGGUAUUCAUUGACUGGCAGUAAAACGAGAACGUGUGGGAGUGACAACACCUUUGACGGAACAGCUGCACUUUGUUCCAAAAUCAGUUGCCCCAGCCUUCCCGAUCCCGAAAAUGGACAAGCGAUAUGUAGCGACAGUAAUUUCUACAAAAGCGUUUGCAUGACGUCGUGUCCGGCAGAUAAGGGGUAUGGCACUGUUGGUGUAUUCGUACAAUGUCGUAACGACGGGACAUGGUCCGGCAGCCUACAACCUUGUUAUGGCAAGUAA